ACAGAUUUUGUAACCAAUCACAUUGUACCUUUGUAAGCGUUUUGACGUCAGCCGCGAAAUGCAAAAUCUCCAACAGCAGUUAAACGUAUUACAAAAAACUUUUAUUUGAUUUUCACCAAAAUAUUCGACACAACAUGACUGAAACACAGCCGAAUGAAACCCAUAACAUCGAUAGUUGUUUGACUUCCACCCCAGUGUCCAAGGACUCGAAAACAGUAGCACUGAGAAGAACUCCUUUUUCAAAGUCUAAAAAGGUCAAUUCAAGCUUUAAGUCACCUGUUCAGUUGGCUGGAAAUAGUAAUGUCAGUCCUGCAGACGAGCUGACUGAGCUGGAGAGGAGGAGACAGCAGCUGGACAAGGAGAUCACACAGCUGGAGGCAGAGGGAUACAGAGUGGACGAGCUGGAGCGGCACAUUGAUCUGCUGCAUGAGUACAAUGACAUCAAAGAUGUUGGACAAUCCCUCCUGGGACGUAUAGCUGCUCUGAGAGGGACCACCACACGGGAUCUCUACAGUCACUUUGGUCUGGAUCUGGAAGACUGAAAAGAAAACCAC